AUGAUACAAGCAACUGAUAAGGCGUCAAUCAGAAAUGCCGUCAAUAGGUUUGGGCCUGCCCCAGGCGCUCAAGCUAUGCUAAGCCUAGAAAUGCAAGCAGCUCAGCUGGCAAUAGAAAGAGGGCUCUAUAUAACUUGGAGAUCGCCUUCUACAAGGCACGAAUGCACCCGUGUAGGUCCAGGCUGCAAAUGCUUUUGUGGGCACUUUUUUCAAGACCAUGAUAUUAAUAAGAAAACAAACCCUUGUCAAGCUUGUGUUUGUAAAAGAUUUCAGUUUAUUCCACAAAGGCCAGAAGAGGUUGGAGAAUGGUGGUUACCUAGACGUAAAGAAUUCAAUAUAAAUACCUAUCGAGUAUCUCUUUUUCUAAUAAAUAUAAUUAAUUUUAAUAAGAAUUGCCUAGAGCCUAAUUAAUUAAAAAAAGAAUAAAAUGUAAAUGUAACCAUACCCAUGAAGAGCAUAACCCAAAUACUCAGUCCUGUGUAUUGUGCCCCUGCUACAGAUUUGAGUCAAAUUUCUUGUGCUUGGUAUGCGAUAAACACUGAGAAGAGCAUGAAGUCUUUUAUGAGAUGGAGUGGGAAAGGAGAGCUGAAGGGAGAACAACUGGGCAAGAGUUCUUGCCACUAGCCCAGGAUAGAGAUAUACAAGAAGCAGUUUUUAAUAAUCCUAGACCUCCUGUGCAAUUUGUCCGCCCACAGCAGAAAAAAGGCAAAGUAGGAAAAAUAAUGAAAAAAUAA